AUGGGAUCAAAAAAGACUUCAGAGAAUGCUGCACUCGAAAAGGUGGCCACUCCCGAGAAGAUUUAUAGAGUCCUAACAAUGGAGCCGGACAUUUGUGAAGUGCCAGCUUCAAUUAUCAGCAUGUCGUCGAAAUUGGUCACCAUGUUUGAGGACUUGAAUCUCCAAGAUGAAGAUGAAGACGCUCCCAUUCCAAUUCUAAACGUCACAGCUCCAGUUCUCAAAAAGGUGGUAGCGUGGUGUGAAAAGCAUAAAACGGAAGGGAAUGACAUCAAAAAGCUUGAAGAGUGGUCCGAGGACUUUUUCAAUGUCGAUUAUCCCAUGCUUUUCGAGAUCACAGUGGCUGCCACUUAUCUGGACAUUCCCAAACUACUCGAUGAUGGAUGCGAGAAGAUCGCCCACAUUAUGGAAGGAAAGACUCCCGAAGAAAUUCGCACUAUGUUCAACAUUACAAACGACUUUUCCCCAGCAGAAGAGGAGGAAAUCCGCAGGGAGAAUGCUUGGUAUGAAGUAUAA